UGCAGAUAAGCCAGAUAUCAUUAUCAAGCAGAUAUCUUCUGUUUUGGAUCUUCAGUUCUGCCGAUUUUUGGCCAGAUACAAUUGUAACUUCUGGUUGGAAAAGGAAAAUGGGUCGCGACCACGUGGGUCCGAGGUGAUCCCCGACUACCUUCCAACCUUACACGAAUGGCCACAAUGCGUCCAAAUUGGCCAGGCCCUUCUAUGACAUUUACCAGGCGAGUACAAUGAGCUGGUUCGAUACCACGGGAUUCGCUACACUGGCCAAGUCUGCCCUGAAGGAAGCCCAAAAGACUAUCGACAAAGCUUUGGACAUUCAAGACGAAGAAGGGGCCAAGACGAAACAGAGCCCAACGGAAUCGAUUUCGAGCAGUAGUGAUGUAAACACGGACAGUUUUUUCUCAGCAUGGGGAUUACAGAGCGGGAGCAGCCAGAGCACACCUGGUGCGAUAACGAAGGAGGUGGUUUCGCCAAGUGUCAAGAUGCCGAACAGCACCAGCCUUUGGGGUUCGUUCACCGGCUCUUUUUUCGACAACCAGUCGAAACCAGAGGGGACGAAAUCUGGCGAUUUGGUAUCAGACCAACCGAAGAAAUCUACCCCACCGAGAAGCCUCUCCCUCGAUCUCUCAAAAUCUUUAUAUACGGUUCAGUCGGAGGCCAGGGAAUCACCUGAGCAUAACGAUGAUAUACCAGAUGGGGAACAGAUCAAAGAAGAAAUUAAAAACUUUCCUCAGGUUGAGGUCGUUAUGAGGAAAAAAGAGCAGAAAAACGUAGCCAGCCGGCUGUCUGUGAUUUCGUCUGAAAGCGACAGAAGAUCGACUGAUAGUUGUGAUGUCAUAGGAUCAACUCCUGACUCAGACCACUCGAUAUCGGCUUCUUCUUCUGUGGCCAGGUUGAGGCAGAGCGGAUCGUUCGAAUCCGUCGAGGUGUUGACUUCGCCCAGUUCUGUUGACGUUCUGGGCUCGCAUUCGACCGAAUCAGGCGACAAGGGAAACAGCAGCGAUUCUGUUUCGCCGAUAGCAGAAGGCGAAGGAGUAGAGGUGAUACCAGAAGAUGAAGAUGACAUCAGCGUCGAAGACAGCAACACGUCAGCCUCAGAAAACACUUUAACAAUGACUGUACUUGAACAUUCAGCAAACGCAAUGCUAAAGUCUACAUCAUCGUUAGAAACAUCUUUUACAGAAGCCAUGUCUCCAAGAGAGGCUGUCAACCGCCCGAUCACCGGUUUCGUGUUGACACACGCGGUCGUCCAAGAGGGCGGAGGAGACGCCAAGAUCAAGAAGGACACCAAAAUAUUAAAGAAGGACGAAGUCGUGACCGAGGCACCCAAGCUGAGCCAGUCUCGCGUCUCCGAAUGUUUGAGCGACCCUGCUGAAAGCAGCUGCGAAGAGGGCACGAUAAUGGGAAGCAGUGAUGAAGGGUCGAAUCUCCGAGGUUCAGUUGUAACAACGCUUAUCGCAGAUGCAAUGACUGAACCGUCGGCCAUCAUACGCGAACAGUCUCCGAUAAGUUCAGAAAGGUCUGAUCUUGUCAAAAUCGGUUCCAGCGAACAAACUUCUGGAGAUGAACUUGAAACAACAACAUCCUCCGAUAUUGAAAUAAUUUCAAGCACGACGCCCAAUGGGAGUAAUGCAAGCACAAGGCUCAGUCCGACGAAGAAUCUCAGGUUCAAUGACGUUCCCAACACGCAGAAGCCGACGCCCGGGAAAAUAAAAGGGCAUCACCGAGAGCCUUCUGAAGCCUCGAGCGGCGGGUCAGAAGAAGGCAAUGACGUUGAAAAAUUGUUAAAGAGGAUUUCAGAAAUGAGCGAACUUCUUCAGGCCAGAGAAACAAAACUACUUGACCUGAGCAGAGCCAAUGCAGCCCUUCAUGAAUCAAAUUCCAGCUUAAAGAGCCAGCUAGAAGUCAAAUCGGAGCAACAGGAUUUGAAGAACAUCAGCGAGGAGUUCACCCAGCGUCUGGCGGCCCUCGAGCGCAAGUUCCAACAGGCCAUACGCGAGAAGGAGGCAUUUCGGAAACAGCUCGACCAAGCCAAAGCUGAAAUCGUUCUCAAAGAAGAGGACGCGGAAAAGGACCAAGUUAUUGAGGAAUUGAGGCAAGAAGGGGAAAAACUAAGCAAGCAGCAUCUCGUGUUAAACAACACAAUCAAGAAACUCAGAGCUACAGAGAAAGAAAACUCAAAAGUCAUAUCUACUUUAAACGACCAGUUGGGUUCAACGAGACAGGAGUUAGAAAGGAGUAAGAAAACGAUGAGUGCGAAAGAAGAGAUGGAGAGAUCGCACAUUGAGGCAGUCCACAACCUCAAGAAGCAGGUCCUCCAGCUUGAAAAGGAGCUCAUCACAGAAAAAGGGAGUGUCUCGUCAUUAACUGCAUCUCUCAUAGCUAGCCAAAAAGAGUUGAAAAUGAAAAGUGAAGCCCUUUCAAAGGCGGAGUCUAAUUUCAAGGCUGAAAAACAGCAGAUGGAAAAUUCGAUAAAGAGCAACAUAUCCUUAGAGAUUGAAUCAGCGCAAGUCAGGAUCACUACUUUUCAAAGUGCACUUGAAGACAUGAGAAAACAGAUGAUCCAGGAACAAGAAAAGCAUUCGAAGAUUGAAAUGACGCUAAGACAAGAGAUGUCUGAACUGUUAAAGCGUGCUGAAUGUGCUGAAAGGAGACUUGAGGACGAGUCGCAGGCGCUGAAGUCUGCAAGUCAACCACUCGCCCGGCAACUUCAGAGCUUGACCGAAGCACACAGUGCUGCUCAACAGAGAUGGGAACGCCAGGAAGCGCUUUUAAACUCUUCAAUCGCGGACUUGGAAGCCAAAGUGGUCAAGUUGACGUCCAGCGAAAGAAACGUUAGGCACCAGCACGAGGCGAGCAGCGCUCGUUUGUCGGAAUUGAUGAACGAAGUGAUAACCCUACGCGAACAGAAUAACGCCCUUCUAUCCGAGCUAAACCUAAGCCAAGAAAAUCUAGAAAAAGUCAAAGUUCUUAAAAACAGCGAGACGAAGAAAUUCCAGUUGGAAAAGGAAAGGCUUGUCUCCGAGCUUGAAGAGAAGAAGCGGGAAAUCAUCUCGCUCAAGGAUAUUUUGAGCGUGGAAAAGGCAGCGUUGGACGCAGAGAAGAGAAAAAAUAUCGCACUACAGGAGCAGUUAAGAGUAAAUAAAGCCGCAAUCGAAUCUGCACCAAUGCAUACGCCAAGAUCUUCUCCGUGUAGUUUGAAGGAUUCCAUCGAGUCUGAAAGCGCACUCAACUGGUUCGGUGAAGAGCAGAACGAAAUGCCAACGCCGAGGUUUUACGAGGUGUUGAAGCCUUCAAACAACACGUCAUUUAUUGAGAAUCUUCAGUCUCAAUUAAAAUUGAAAGAAGGCGAGGUUCACCAGCUUCAGUGGGAGGUCGCACGUAUGGAAAGCGAGAGGACGUCGCUUCGAGACGAAAUCAUGAGGUUGUCCUCACAGCUCGAGGUGCAGUCAAGCGAGGUCAAAUCCCUCGAGACUCUGAAGACGCAGUACGACGCCCUUCUCCAAAUGUACGGGGAGAAGGUUGAAGAGACACAAGAACUCAAGAUGGACCUUCAAGACAUGAAAGAAAUGUAUAAAGCUCAGAUUGACGAGCUUCUUAAGCGCGAAGAGCCUAAGCCAAAUGUGCCAUCAUGAUGCGGAAUGAUGUGAACGGCCUUGUGAAAUUUACGAUAUUAUCAGCCUCAGGGGAGGGAAAAAAAUAUUUAUAAAAUGCAUGCUCAAAUUAAAAUAAAUGUUUGAUCAAGUCUCAUGUUUAAGAAAAAAAAAAAAUUAAAGACUAUGAUAUUUUCUCAUGCUUAAUUUAUAACUAGAAUAAUGAUAAUAUUUGGGGACAAAUUUUGGAGGUGCCUUUAUUUGUUAGACAUUUGUCAAAUUUAAUCGUAUCUCAGCUAUACAACAAAAGUAAGCAAAAAAAGAAUUUUAAAACCAGCUAUUCAUUGUACAUUUUCAUAUAAUUAAAAAUUUAAGAAAUUUGUCAAUAUUUGUUUAUUAUGUAAUAUAAUAUUUGUAAUAUAGGUGUUAUUUGUACAUUGUGUUUAUUAUGAAUAUAUUAAUUUAAUUAAUUAUAAAUAAAAUUAUUAAAUUAUUGCAA